AUGCUAGCUCAACAUCUCUGGUUUCAUAUGACAAGUGACUUUUCCUCAGCUUCCGAGAUUGUAUCAUCCACAUUUUCCAAUAGUGCUAGGUCUAGCGUAUCCUCCUCCUCCUCUAAUACCAAUUUUGCAAUUGAGUCUUCACGUUUGUUCACUGAUGUCAGCUCAAGCUCUCUAAUUUCUUCAUCAUACACCGCAAGUGUCGCAAGUGAGUCUUCCUCGACAUCUGCAAUUGAAUCUUUGUUUUCUUCCACUGAUAUCAGCUCUACAUCUCUGGUUUCAUACACUACCAGUGUGUCAAGCGACUUUUCCUCAGCUUCUGAGAUUGCCCCAUCGCAUUCUUCUACUACGACCAAUGAGAACUCAGUUACUAUCACAACCCUUUCAUCAUACCCACCUUCAUCAUCAUUCAUUGCUUUAUCAUCACCAUUAGCUUCUUCAUCCUUGUCACCUUCCUUUAGUAUUGCAUGGGAUGACGCUACUGUCACCGUGACUAUAACCAGUAAGAAUGCCUCUUUUGUUACCCAACAUCUCACUCAUACUCCAACCACACAAUACAUUACAGAGACUACGUCGACUACAGAAACAGAGACCAACUCCUCUACCUAUACGUUACAUUCAUCCAUUGUAUCUGUCCCAUCCACUUUAUCUGAUCAGACAUCAUUUAAAGUUGCUUUAUCAAGCUCAGUGGAACAAUACUAUAGUGUAGAACCGACCACCUCAACAACAAUUACAACCUCAUUGGAAGCAUUGUCUUCAACGGUAGCUGAGCAAUCCAGUACUGUUGAACCAACCAUUUCAAGUACCAUAGAAUCGCAAUCAAUUACGUUUUCUUCAAGUUUUGAACCUUCCAGUAGUUCAGAAUUUACUACAUCAACUAUUCUUUCAAAAUCUUUUAGGGAUUCAUCUUCAAUAACUAACAAACAAAUUAGUAUUGUUAAUUCAACCUCUUCAAGUGCCAUGGUAUCAUCAUCUGAAGACUUACCCUCAACAAUGUUCGAAAAGUCCAGCUCUGAGAUGCCAACUUCUUCAAGUCGUUCGAGCUUAUCAAUAUCAUGGACCACUGAUAUGCCAGCUUCAAUUAAAACAGCAACAUUUGCCACUGAAUCUGCGCUAAACUCAAGGACUGGGGCAUCUGGGUUAUCUUUAUCCAGCAUUGCUUAUGAAGAUAUUACUACCACUGUAACGGUAACAAGUAUGAAUACCUCUGUUGUUACAAAUCAUGUAACUCAAACACCAAUAGUAGAUUAUAUUACAUUGACCACUUCAACAACGGAGACUGAUACCUUCACCCCAACCUAUGUUUUACGUUCAUCAAGUGUACUAUUAUCCUCCUCUUCAUUUGACACAAUGCUGAGACAAUCGUCAUCGUUGGUUAAAUCAUCGAGUACCAAUGAAUCAGUCACUUCAGUCGGGAGUUCCGCACCAAAAACGUCUAUUUUACAGCCAUCUUCUUCCGAACCAUCAACUUCUACUAUUGAGCCAUCAUCAUCUUCACCAGCAGCCUCAACUAUCAAGCACUCUUCUUCUGUAGAGUUAAUAUCUACCAUCAAGCCAUCAUCUUCUUUCCCAUUGUCGUUAUCUAUGACAUCAUCAACAAUAUCUGAUUCAUUCAGUAUCAAUUGGAAUGAUAUAACAGUCACAGUCACCGUAACGAACAUGGCUACUUCAGUUGUUACAAACCAUGUAUCUCACACACCCAUAGUGGAUUUAUUCACAGUAACCACCACUACAACAGAGACCGACACCGUCACCCCUACCUACGUUUUACACUCAUCAAGUCUACUUUUAUCCUCCUCUUCAUUUGACACAGUGUUGACACCUUCGCCAUACUUAGUUGAAUCAUCGAGCAGCAUCGAAUCAGUCACUUCAGUCGUAAGUUCUGAACUAUUGACCUCUACCCAUGAGUCAUCUUCUUCUGUGCCACCAAUUUCUACUACUUCAAUCGUCAGUUCUGCUAGACCCUUGUCUACUACUGAGCCAUUUUCUUCUUUUCCAGCAACGUCCUCUAUGUUAGCCUCAACAAUUUCUGAUUCAUUCAGUAUUAAUUGGAAUUAUAUCACAGCUACAGUUACCGUAACGAGUAUGAAUACAUCAGUUGUUACAAACCACAUAACUGCUACACCAAUUGUGGAGUUAAUUACAUUAACCACCACUACAACAGAAACCGAUACCAUCACCCCUACUUAUGUUUUACGUUCAUCAAAUGUAUUACUAUCCUCUGCUUCAUUGGAUCCAACCUUGACAUCAACGUCUAUAUUUCCUUCAUCAUCACUAACAUCGACGUCAAUGGUUUCCUCAUCGUCAAUAACAUCAAUGCCGAUGGUUUCUUCAUUAUCAAUAACAUCUUCAGUUAUAGUCGACUCAAUUAGCAUUGUUUGGAAUGAUAUAUCCAUCACUGUUACCAUAACGAAUAUGAAUAGGUCUGUUGCUACCGAUCAUGUUACUCCAACAUCUUUUGUAGAAUACAUUACCAUGACCACCACCACAAUCGAAACUGAAACUGUCACUCCUACGUUUGUUAUUCAUUCAUCAAGUGUGUCAUUAUCUUCUUCAGUACCAGACCCAACAUCGAUAUUAUUGUCAUCCUUUGUUGUCCCAUCUACUUCGAUUGAGUCCGUCAGUUCACCGAUCGCUACCACAUCAUUAGCCAUAGAAAACACUUCUACAUCAAUUGCUUCGUCAAGUUCUUCAUCUUCAAUCAUAGCACAGACUAUUUUUGGUUUAUCCAGCAUUGAUAUUGAUAAUGUCAGUACUACCGUCACUGUAACGAGCCUGAAUACAUCUGUUGCUACAAGUAAUGUAAGUCUAUCACCCAUUCUAGAAUUAGUUACAGCAACUACCACUACCACAACUGAGACUGAUACUAAAGAGCAGACCUCAACAUUCCUUGUUUCUAGUGAUCCAUUCUCCAGAGAUGAGCCUACUUCAUUAGGAAAUUAUCAGGAAAGUACUUCUUCAUGUUCCACCAUUGACCCAGUCUCUUCUAGACCAGAUUCAUCCACAAGUUUGAUUAUUUCUACUUUUUCUUUAGGUAGUACAUCUUCAGUCUCUUCUACCAUUGAUUCUGGCUCUUCUAAAUUAUAUUCAUCCAAGAGUGUGUCAUCCUCGACUUUUACUCCAAGUUCUUUGAUUUCAUCAUCUUCAUCCAAAAGUGUGUCUAUCCCAAUUUUUACACCAAUUUCCUCUAAUGUUGCCCCUUCAAGUGUUAAAGCUUCAUCUUUAAAAAAGCCUUACUCAUCAAGCCCUGUGAGAUAUCUUAACAGAACCAUCACAGAGACCAACCAAUUAACACAACAAGCCACAAUCACCAGUUGUUCUGGUGGAUGUUUGCCAGAGCUGACGUUAUUUACUAGCAUAGUGUCCACAGGGAAUAUUUCAGAGGAUCAAGGUCAAGAAACUACAACCAAUUCUAAAGAAUACAUUACCAAGAGUUCCAGCUCCUUGUUGGUUCCCGUUUCGGGCACUACUGUUCAGGAAACAGUUAUUGAUGAGAAGACAACUCUAAUUACCGUAACAAGUUGCAGUGGUGGAUGUACACGUACAUCUGGUUCUCCCAAUGUUAACAAUGAAAUCAUGAAUACACAAAUCACGUCUUCUUCCUUGACCUCACCAUCGACUGGUGCCAAUACAAAGGCUACAGCUUCCAUUACAAAUGUGGGUUCUCUUACCGCUGUGGCUACCUCUCACGGGACUUCUGCAGUGGAUAGUGGUAUCAAUUCAAAAAAUUCGAGUAGUCCACAGAUCACGGCUUCUCCAUCUAGUGAAAUUGAAAGCAAUGGAACUGUCCCAUCGGGUGUACAUGCAUCAACGCAAUCCAAUUCGAAUCAAUCCGUUAAGACGACCUCCUCGACAACACAAUCUCACGCUGAAGAUCACAUGUCCACUCUGGAAACAUCCAUGCAAACGACAAACUCCGCGACAGCCCAGACAACUACUGGUUUGGCCCAGAGUAACGGGGCCUCUCGUGCAUCCUAUAGUCUCCUUCACCUUGUGUGGCUAUUUGCAAGUCUCGCUUUUGCGAUCUAG